AUGUGCUCUCGUUGUCUACGUGCUAGUCUUACUGUUUUGGUAGUCGCUUUCGCGGCCAGCAUUGACCCGCAACUGAAGUGCGAUGGUCACGUCCUUCCAGAAAAGCUCAGCUACGAGCGGUACAUCUCGCAGCUCGUUAUGCCAACGACAAUAGCGUCCGUCGACACCGAUCCGCUUGUGCUUGGCGGAGUAAUUGUGCCGGUUGGUACAAAGACGUAUACAACCGGCGUGCGCGCAACCGCCAACGGUACGGACUUUUGCGGCGGUUCGCUCAUCACGCCGACGCACGUGCUUACGGCUGCGCACUGCAUGGCUGGAGACAUCCAGUACGUCUCAGUUGGCACUCACUUUGUCAGUGGCACUGACGAUGGCGAGCAACUCAGGGUCGUCACCCAGACUCGCCAUCCCAAGUACGUGAGUGCAACCAACUCGUACGACUUUCUCGUGCUAGAGCUGGAGAAAGCAAGCUCGUUUCGUCCUGUAGCGCUUCCGAAAGCAGACGCCAAUUUGGGCGUCAUCGACAGUUAUGGCAAUGCGACCGUCAUGGGGUGGGGGGCGCCUUUUCAAGGCGGACCAAUGUCCACCGAGCUACUGCGUGUCGACGUUCCGUUGGUGAACCACUCGGUGUGUGCGAAGGUCCUCGACGUGGACAACACAAUGCUUUGCGCUGGCGGAGGGAUCGACAUGGAUUCGUGCCAAGGCGAUUCGGGUGGACCGCUCGUUCGAGAACAACUGGCGGAAGAUGUGCUUAUCGGCGUCGUGAGCUGGGGCAACGGAUGCGGACGUGCAGGGUACCCCGGUGUCUACGCGCGCGUGUCGAUUGCGACCGAGUGGCUGUCCCGCGUCGCGCCAGGGGCGACGUAUCGCUAG